AUGGAUCCUGAUAAUGUUGAUUCUUCUGAAGAAGGCUUUGAUCGUGAUAGUGUUACUACCUCAACAUCUUCAACAUCUAAAGAAGAUAUAAAGAGCAAUAAAAAGUCCAUUGUAUGGAAGUUUAUGCAUGAAGAAAAAGAUAAGAAUGGUGAUUCUAUAGUAGUGUGCAAUGAAUGUCCACAGAAAUAUAGUAUUAAUACAUCAACAGGAGUUUUAGCUGAGCAUUUAAAUAAUAAGCAUAAUCAUGGUAUUAUUUUAAAAUCAAGAAGAUACUUAUCUUCAGAUCAAAGUCCUUAUAAUAAAGAUGAUAUCAUAUGUAUAGAAGAAUGUGAAAAUUCUAUAUUGAAUUUUUUUGUUAGUGACCAAAUUUCAUUUAAUAUUGCUGAGAGUCGAUGGUUUCAUAAAAUAACAAAUACACUUGAUUCAAGAUAUUAG